AUGGAAAAACUACAAAAUAUCAUGAAAUCCUUGCCAGAAAUGUCUAAAAACAUCAUAGACGACACGAUACAUGAAAAAAUAUUAUCGUAUCUAUCAAAUUACGCGUCACAGGGCCCAGAAACUGUAGUUAAAUUUAUUGAAUGGAACGUACUGGACAUAAUACGUGCUUGCGUCACGCAAGUUGAUCAUAAUAAUGAGAAGGAUGUAACGCAUGAAUUUGUACAAGAUCACAGGAUCAUGGCUUUGUCAAUUCGCUUUCUUGCGCGUCUUUUGGCCAAUGAUGAUAGGAAGAAUGCUCUGUUGGUUUCUCAACUUUUUACCAAUUAUAUCGAUUUAAUUGAUUUUAUUCUGGAUCAUGCAUUCGAUGAAGAAGCUUUGAUGCGUUUUGCAUGCAUCGAAUCAUUAGAACAAUUAGUAACUUAUAACCCCGGCGCUAGAUGGUUUCUCGAAUCAAAUAAAAGCGAUCAAGUCGUUGUAAAAUGCUUUGAUGAUUCUAGUACUUAUGUGACAGCAGCAGCAUCUAAGCUUCUUUUAUCAAUAAUCAACAAUUGUUCUUUACUCACUUCAACAAAGAAACGGAAAGAUCCUGAAGCACAGGAUGCACUUAUGAACUUUUUAAUAACUUCACUUGAUCUGUUCAAUAAAAUAAACCAACUUUUAUUCGAUUCAUCUGUUGAUAUGAAUCAGCGUUUAGCAGCUUUACAAUUUAUUUGGACAUUAGCAGAUUCACGGACAAAUAAUGCUAUUGAAUUUUUUAAAAAAGGACAUCUGUUGAGAAAAUUGGAUGUUUUGUUAACUGAUCCAGAUAGAAAUAUAAGAGCAAGAGCAAACGACAUUUUGUUCACUUUGCUUGAUUGGGUUCCUGAUCCAAUUUCUUUAUUUAAACAAUCUUUCAAUGCAAAAGACUCGAUCACUGAAACUUUGAAUUAUAUCAUAAAUGAUAUCGUGUUUCCGUUGUGGAAUACUGAUUCUAAUUUCGAGAUGGUCAUCAUGGCGGUGAAUGUACUUGAAUCCUCAAUAAAACUAGUUGAACGCGUUUCCGCGGGAAAAAUGAUAUUGGCAUCAGUAUUUAUGGAUUUGUUAAUAUUCUUACUUAGUUUCGCAACAAAUAAACCAAGUACAAUAACAAAGUUCAACUAUCCUCGACAUAAUUAUGUUUAUUUUGAAGUCUUAUAUGAAAAUGUGACAUUUGAAAAGUUAAAGAUACUCUUCUCGAACACGAAACGAAAUUUUGCCAGCCGAAAGUCUCUGAUUCUCAACAUAUUGCAUACAAUUCACGCUAUUUCGCAACAAAAUACUGCUGCAGUUGCGAAUACGACAUCUAUAUGCACGAUAUUAGAUAUUUUAUUUAUGCCAGAAUAUAAUGCAGAUCAGCGCAUCAUGAAAGAAGCACUCACCAUAAUACCCGUUGUUCUUUUCACUAAAAUUGAAAAUAAUAGUAUACACGACGUGGAAAUCGUGAAUAAGACAUUACAAACAAUUCAAUUUUUAGCUUUAGAUUCAAAAAUUGAAUGUCGUGGAAUGAUAUUAUUACUCGAAACAAUGCAUAAAUUGCUCCGCAACAAAGUCAUGGGGGAAUAUAUAAUGCUUAGUAAAUUUGGAAAAGAAUGGGCUGACACUCUUAUAUUCAGAGCGUGUGAUCCUCGUUGGGAUAUUCGUGAUUCAAUUCUAGAAUUUAUAAGUUUAUUAUUUGAUGAUUCGCCAAAUAUUGGUCGUGGGGUGGAAUUCGCCCUUAAUUAUGAUUUACCAAAGGUCGUGCUCGCUAAAAUUGAUGAUGAACAACCUUAUGUUCGUGCUUCAUGUCUGAGAGCGAUUAAGGCCAUUGUUCGAUAUCCAAAAGGUUGGCUAUAUAUUGUUGCUGAAGAAAUGCAAGGGGAUGUCUCGUUAAAAUUACCUUAUAUGGUGAGAGAUUCUGAAGCUUUUGUGCGAAGAGCUGUGAUGGAAUUAAUGACUUGUCUCAUUGUUGAACGAGAAUGCGGUACAAUUUUGUUGGAUGAUCGAAAUGCGGAGAUUAUGAGUCCCGACGUAAUGGACAAAAUAAUGGACGAUCCAGAUUUUUAUGUCCGAAUUAACGGGUGUCAGUUUUUGGCAUCAGUAUGGGAUCAUUGUGAGCAAGAUCGAUUGAGUUAUGGACAAAAAAGGACGAAACAUAAUGUAUAUUUGAGUGGUGGUAGUUUACUGAUAGGACAAAACUCCUCUUGGUUUUAUUGGCUGGAUGGUGAUAAAUUACUUGUCAAUGCUGCUGAAGAUCCAAGUCGAUUAGUUCGUGGUGAAGUACUUGUAAUUCUUAAAAGACUUAAAUUGUAUCUUGAGCAGAUAGUUUCGACACAAGAAUUGAAUUCGUCAUGUUCAUUACCAAAAAUUAGUGACGAUUCUCAACUUUCACAUAAAAGACUAUUCGAUCAAUCAUCAUCAUUAAUGCAAAAACAUUUAAAUUUUUAUCAGAACAUUUGUCUUAUUGAUUAUGAACGUCUUGAAGCUACUAUUGAUGUUGAACAUUUGUACGAAGAAGCUCUAGAUAGUGUUACCACAAAGAUGAUGACAGAUGCGGAUAUCAUGGAAGAUGAAAAUGAUGAUCGUGCUAUGGACUGUUAUUUUUAA